CGCUUUUUAAUUUUGCGGAUGCAGUAUCCGCACUAAAACUCUAGACAUGGCGGCGCCCUACAUUUCGGCAAGAAAUGUGUAGCUUGUGUAAACAAUUUCUGGUUUAAUGAAAAAGGACAAAAAUAAUGGGUUUACAGCAUUUGUUUGGCGGCAUAUCGGAGUGUUGGUCAAGUCUUGCAUGUCAACAACUAUCAAAUGUUUUGCGAUUGCCAAACAUCAGCAAGGUGACACCGAGACUCAGCCAUGCAUUAUCACAAAGGCCUACACGUUCGUCGAUGUGCACUGGGAUAAACAAUAGCAAGCUAAGCAGCCGUAUAAGAGCUGCAUACACCAAGGAAAGAGAAUGGGUUAUAUGGGCAUCCGAUAAGUCGUGUUUUGGUCUGCUAUCAUCCACCCGCUCCAGAGCAAAUGUACAGAGACGCUAUUUUCAUGAUCAUCUUAUAAAAGAAACACGACAAAAGGUGCCACAUUUGCGCUCUUUGUCUACAUCAGCAACAGUAGCAAAAGACGUGAUUCUCUUUGAGCACGACCGAACAAAGUUCUUUCGCCUUCUGGCAAUCUUCGGGGGUGGUCAGUUUAUUUUCUGGACAUAUCUGGCCCACUUCGCCUUUACUGGUCUUCGAGACACUACAGAAAAGGGUUCUGAAGGGAGAAAGGUCUCCACUACUGGCUUGGCAGGACUUUGGAGUUUCGAUAUGAACCUGGGAUCUAAUGCUUGGAGAUAUGGAUUCACAGUGGCAUGCCUUGUUAUUGGUGGAGGGAUCAUGGGACUUAGUGCUUUGUUCUGCCGCCGUUCUGUCAGCCAGGUGAUUCUCCACAAGGGAGGCAGGAUGGUCACUGUUUCAACACAAUCCCCCCUGGGACCAGACAAAGGAUGGAGAAUGACUGUACCCUUGUCACAAGUGGCCUGUUAUUCCCACAGACAGGAGACACCCAAUUUUAUUCCUCUCAGGGUUAAAGGUUACAAGUUCUUUUUUCUAUUGGACAAAGAAGGCAAGUUGAAUAAUCCUAAACUGUUUGAUAUUACUGUUGGAGCAUACCGUUCAUUCUAAAUUAGUCGAGAGAACAGACACUGUGUCAAUGGAGUAUUAUGUCAGAGCAACAAUGUAUGUGUGCAAUGGUGUUGAUCAGAGUCAAUUAAAUCUGUUGGCCAAAGGUCAUCGCAAUGUAAA